AUUUACUUUGUUGACUUGUUCCACUUUUGAAACCAUGUAUGCACACUGCACAGCUUCAUCUGUGGUACAUUUUAUAGUUUAUGUUUUGAUUCCCCAAAGGUAGCUGACCGAACCACAAUCUGCCAUUUCAAACGCUUAUUUAUGAGGGUCUGUAUUUCUUUAUCACACCCCUGGCUGCUGCAAUUACAAGCAAGUGAUAAAUCAUUGGAAUCUGGGUCAGGCACUCUCUCUUUAAUGACCUGCCACAUUGUGGAUUGAAAGCCACCUUAACCUGUGAACAACUAUUAGAUCCUUCAGACGACUAAUUGUAAAACGUAUUAAGCUACAGUAGAGAUACUGCAGACGUUAAUAGGAAAAAAAAUAUUUGAGAUAGAUGAACAUAGGAUGGAUUUUGUUGUGGUUUUUAAGCUAUAUGUGUGUGUGUGCUUGUUGCUGUCAUCUACUGUCUGCUCAUGGUACUACUGUUGGCUCUUUGUAUCUACCUUUGUUUGGAUCUCAAAGAUGAAGAAGCUAGGAAUAAAUGGAACUUUGAAAACUCAGGCAGAUGGAAAAGUCUUCAAAAAGACCAAAUGAUUUGCACCCUGACAUUAUGUUUCUUUUCAGCAGCAGUGCUGUGCACCAAAUGGCUCAUUUUACUACAAGUUCUGGGAAAUUCCACAUUAAGCAAGGCUGAUUCAGUCAGACUAGUUGAUGGCAGCAGCUCAUGUUCUGGACGAGUGCAGGUUCUCAGUUUUGGAGUAUGGGGAUUGGUGUGUUAUGAAGGCUGGGAUUUGUUAGACGCAAAUGUGGUGUGUAGAGAAUUGGGCUGUGGGGAAGCUAAAGAGGUGAAGACGGCCGCAUAUUUUGGGCCGAGCUCAGAACAAGUAUGGAUAAAUGAGGCGAAAUGUGUUGGGAUUGAAUCCUCUCUGACAGAAUGUCCAGUGAGUUCAACGGACACUUUGAUAAACAGAGCAUGCAUAGGUGACUUGUAUGCUGGAGUCAUCUGUCAGCUAAGAACGAGGUUGGUGAGUGGCUUCAACUCCUGUUCUGGACGAGUGGAGGUUCUCUAUAAUGGAAUAUGGGGAACAGUGUGUGAUGAUGACUGGGAUCUGUCAGAUGCUGCAGUGGUGUGUAGAGAGAUGGGCUGUGGGGAUGUGAUAGAGGCAAAGAGUGAUGCUUAUUUUGGAGAAGGUUUUGGAGAAAUAUGGAUGGACGAUGUGAACUGCUCUGAAACUGAUCAUGCAUUGAGCAAAUGUGAUUUUCAGCCGUGGGGAGAGCAUAACUGUGACCAUUCAGAAGAUGCUGGAGUCAUCUGUCAGUCCCUAAUGAGGUUGGUUGACGACAUUGACUCUUGUUCCGGAAGAGUGGAGGUUCUCCAUAACGGAAUAUGGGGAUCAGUGUGUAAUAAUGGCUGGGAUCUGUCUGAUGGUGCAGUGGUGUGUAGAGAGAUGGGCUGUGGGGACAUUAAACAAUUAACCGCUUAUUUUUUUGGAGCCACAUCAAGACAAAUAUGGAUGGACGAUGUAAACUGUACUGGGGAAGAAGUAGCACUGAGCACAUGUGCAUUUCAGGGAUGGGGAACACAUGACUGUAAAUUUGCAGACCACGCUGGAGUCAUCUGCAGUCCGUUCUCUAUCACAUAUGGUGACCCUGACCCUGGCCAGGACUUACACUCGCGUAUGAAAGUGCUGUUGAGGUUUGAGGUGAAAACUGACUCCGAAUUCAACCUAAAUGAUCCUGGAACCAUGAGUAAACUCUUGGAGGAGAUGGGGAAGAAGUUACAAAUAAGCGGACCUUUCUCACUGACUUUAAAAACUCAGCCAGAUGGAAAAGUGUUCCAGAACGUCUCCCAGAAAAAGAAAGUUCCAUAACAUUCUGGAUAAUAUUUUUUAAUUAAAUUGCAAUAGUUUCAUUUCACAUGUACAAAAUGCAGGUUGCCAAUUAUUUAACUGUAUUUAACUGUUAUCUAACAAAUUAAAAAUAUAUAAUUAUUUUUGUAUGUGUUACAUGCUUUAAAAUGUUGACUUUUAUGUUACUAAUGUAGUUGACUGCCUUUCAGGCAAAUGCACCCAUCAAUAUAGUCACCAAUAUUGCAAAACAAAUUAAUAUCCCUCAAUUAUUGAAGUCAUUAAAAUGGCAAAAGAUGUCAGCCUUUGUGUAUAUGCUUUAUAAUCAUGUCCUGCAUGUUUUUGUUUUAAUAGCCACACAGUCUAAAAUAAAAGCCAGCUUUCCAUCAAUCUAAAGAUUGAGAUAAAUUUGUUAUCAUUUGGUUGUAACCAAAAACCAUCUUUUAGGCAAAUUUACAUCUGGUACAUUGCUUUUUCAGCACAACUGACAUUCUGAAAUGUUCUAGGGGGUGUUGGUUCUUGGUCUGAAGAGUCUAGGGUCAAAUCUCACUCUUGGCAAUCCCCCACCCCUUGGGCAUGCAUUGCACCACUGACACCCAUCACAGACACUCAGCUGGGAUCUAACCAGCAACCUCUGAAUCCGUGAGGCAGCACUCUUACCUGAGAGCCACAGAUCUCUUCUCAGUUCUUGUGAAGGAACUUAUAUUUCACUGUUAUCCUGAGUGUUUCCAAUAAAACCG